CGCAAUUCCUCGACAUCUUAAUUUACACCAAAUCAGUGUUUUCUAGGCGACGGCAAGGCCAUGCUAAUAACAAAAAUAAAGAAGGGGAUAAAAGAUCAAAUAAAACGGCGCAUCCCGUUUGCGUCACUGUGAGACUCAUUACCAUUUAAAACAUUGGCCUGCUUCAAUGCAGUCUUUCAAAUACUUAACUCUGAAAAAACUACGUAUAUAAUUAUACAAUACUAAGAUUUCUGUAAAUCAAUAUCCCAAUUUAAUACGGUGCGUGUAUGUGUGUGCGUGCGUGCUUGUGUGUCUUAUCGAAAGAAUUCAUCUCGUCGUUGCCUCUCGCGUUUCAGACACCCCGCCUGCUCGUCCGUAAUUCGAGCCGGGCCCAGUCGGCACUGACUGACGGACAACAACACAAGUCAGGUCUUGGAGUAAAAAGCCACUGUUCUUCGGAGUGGAGGACUAUAAACAAUACCAAACUACGUACCGACGUAUACAUUUCCAGCUCGGCUAUAUCUGUAUUUUUAAUGUUGCUGGAUUUACCGUUUUAGUGGGACUCAACGCCUUGGGCAUAAUGAAGCGCCUGGAUUUAUUCUUGGUAAUAUGCUGUUUAUGUGGACUGUACACUCUAGUGGGCGCGUCAGACGAGGAGAAAAAGCUGAUGAAUGCCCUGUUCGCCAAAUACAACCUGAAGGUUCGGCCCGCCAAUACUCCCGCCGAGAAGGUGGUGGUGAGGAUCGGCAUGACCCUGGCGUCCUUCGUCGGCCUGAACAUGAAGGCGGAGGAGAUGUUUGUAAUUGUUUUCAUGAACCUGGCCUGGACGGACUACCGGCUGUCCUGGGACCCUGCGGAGCACGACGGCAUGGAUGUGAUCCGCAUCCCCGCCGCGAAAGUGUGGCUCCCCGACAUCGUCCUCAUUAACAAUAAUGACGGGGUGUUCGACGUCUCCCUCCGCGUCCACGUCCAAGCCCGCAGCGACGGCAGGGUCACAUGGUCGCCGCCCGCGCUAUACCGGAGCUCGUGCGGAGUGAAGGUGACGUACUACCCGUUCGACUGGCAGAACUGCUCCCUGGUGUUCCACUCCUUCACCUACGACUCCUCGGAGGUGGACCUGCAGCACGCGCUGGACGAGGACGGGCGGGAGAUCCGGGAGGUGGAGUACGACGCGGGCUUCAGCGAAAGCGGGGAGUGGAUCAUCCGGCACCAGCCGUCGAGGAAGAACGUCGUUCGCGCGGAGAACUACGAGGACAUCACCUUCUACCUCAUCAUCGAGAGGAAGCCGCUGUACUACGUCUUCAACAUCAUCAUCCCCUGCAUCCUCAUCACGGUCAUCGCCAUCUUCAAUUUCUACCUUCCUCCGGAUGCUGGUGAGAAGAUGGGUCUCUCCAUUAAUGUCCUGCUGACCCUGACCGUGUUCCUGCUCCUGCUGGCGGACAAGGUCCCCGAAACUUCCCUGGGGGUCCCCAUCAUCGUCAACUACCUGAUGUUCACCAUGGUCCUGGUCACCUUCUCCGUCAUCCUGAGCGUGGUGGUGCUCAACCUGCACCACCGCUCCCCCAACACCCACCACAUGCCCAUGUGGGUCCGGAGGAUCUUCAUCCACCUGCUGCCCCCGUACCUGGGGCUCCAGAGGCCCAAAGUUGAACCCCCCCUCUCCCUGGAGCUGCACCAGCGGAGGGCCACGCCCAUGGCCGUCAGCCGCGCCGCGGACGAGUACUUCAUACGCAAGCCCAGCUCCAACGUCUUCUUCCCCAAACCCAACAGGUACCAGCCGGAGGGCCUGUGCACGGACCUGCGCAGGUUCAUCGAGGGACCCAGCAGCUUCCUCACCCUGCCGCCCGACCUCAAGGCCGCCAUCCAGGCCGUCACCUUCAUCGCCGAGCAGCUGCAGGCCACCAAGGACUACGACGCGCUGAAGGAGGACUGGCAGUAUGUGGCGAUGGUGGUGGAUCGCCUCUUCCUCUGGAUAUUCGUCAUCUUCACCUCCGUGGGCACCCUCGCCAUCUUCACAGACGCCAGCUUCAACACCACCCCCAGUGACCCUUUCAUGACCCCGUAACCCCGGGCAACCCCCCCAAACCCCCCCCCCCCCCCACGCGGAUUCUGACUCUGCCGCACACGCGCAACGCACCGCGCGCGGACUUCUCUGGCCGAGAGACGUGGAACAGAGACGUGUUUGUGUGAUUCAGAAGUGCUGACCAUGUUAUGCUUUCCCUAGUGCAGGGGUGUGUGUGUGUGUGUGUGAGGUGGGCCAAAAUAUAUCUAUCCGAAUUUCAUGCCAGAUCCUGCUCUUAACUGCCCAAUUGCCCCCAAUCACUCGUUUGUGCGAUCCGCCAUUUUAGCCACAUGUGUCUAUAAGCACAUGAAUCGCAGCACUGUUCUUGUGUCUUUAUAUCUAACGUUUUACAGUCAUCUAAUCUGUGAGUGAACAGGGUCUUGGUGUAUUGGGGCAGUUAGCUUAUUGAGCAAGGGCAAUUAAUGGAAGCAAAAACCUGCAUACACACCAACCCUACAGGGAUAGAACUGUUCACCCCUGAGCUAGUGGCUAUAUCUAUUUUAUAUGAGUUAAUUUUGCUGUUUGUAUUGGUGAUGAAAAAUGGUGACCUCACAGUGUUUGGACAACAGGAAGAGACUCCUUUUUUAACUGCA